GAGAAAGGCGGAGGAAGAGGCGGCAGGGUCGCCGUCAGCGGAAGGAAGAGGAAGAAGAAGCAAGCCGCGCACCCACCCGCCCGCCAAGCCAGACGGUUCAGGAAAAGUUUGUGAGAAUUAUGUCGAAAAGUUGCCCGUUGCUCGCAUGUGUACUGCCGGCGGUAUGUUGUUUUUAGACUAGUGUUUUUGUCUCCUGUCCGUGGGAAAGAGGAGCCGAUCUUCGUGAGCCAGUGACGUCAACUAAUACUGAGGAAAGAAACGUGUGACGAGCAGCGCGUCAAGGGAAAAACUUGACCGGAAAAAGUUUUGUUGUAGGAAGAGAGAAGGAAAGAGCAACGCGAAACAAGUGUUACUGCUGAAGGAGAAAAUGAACCAGCAACAAAAAAGUUAAAAUUCAGUAACUAACUUUACAAAUAACUAAAGACGGGCGACUCAACCCUGGCUCAGUGUAUCAGGAAGGAAGACGUGCGUGGUGCGGGUGUCUGUUGGUGCCUGUGUACGUGUGCGGCGUGAGUGUAAGUGGGCGGGGCGGCAUCCACACACACAACACACAAGGCGAAGAAUCAAUCCGUAACGCAUAAGGAACCGGCUCUUGGUCUCACUAUUGACACGUCUCGCGCCCCUGACUCGUGGCGUCGGCAAUAUAUCACCUCCACGGACUGCCUGCCACCCUCGCCUUGACGCUAACUGAAAGGAUAUAAAGUGGACAUCAAUGCAGCUCACCCCCAAAACGAUCCUACUACCACCGCCACCACCGCUACCACCCACCCUCAACACGCCAACCACAAAAACCUCUGCACCGUGUGGGCAUCGCGGAUCCAGCUGGAGGAAAUCAAUGUAUACCAAUCACCUCGUUCUUGACACCCACGCAUACAUGCACGUAAACAAAUAUCCUGCAGACUCAGGCAGGGAACAUUAGCUAUUACUUAUAUAAGACAUCUUGCUCGUGUCUCUCCCAAGGCAGUCCAUAAAUCUGAAUCACGUCUGGAGCGAUAUGGAUGACUAGCCCUCGCGCCUCCACCCCCGCCCCGCCUCACACCCCGCCUCAAGAACACGCAAAGAAACUGUCCGUGUCUGUGACUCUAUAAGUGCCUCCAUGACAUGUGUGGACGUGUAACAGACGCUCUCACUGAAAGUAAAGAUAUUUAGGAAAAGAGAGAUAGGUAGUGUAGUGAAGGUCGUGACGUGACGGCGUGUGUUAGCGCCUCACCUGUGCUGUGUUUGGGGAUUAUACCUGUGCAUCGCUAACCGUUAACCACCACCACCACCACCACCACCACAACCACCGCCGCCGUCGCACCACCACCACCCACAAUGGUGCCCUCGCCAGGACACCUUCUCGCCCUCCUCGCAUGCUGCCUCGGCGUCACCCUCACCCCCGCUGCAGCUUACCGUAAAGGCAUGUGGCGGCGCGUGGAGGCCGUGGCGGGGCGCGAGGCGGUGCUGCCCUGCGAGGUGGGUAACUUCGAGGCGUCAGACAUGGUGUACGUGGUGCUGUGGUACAGGAACGGCAACAAGGAGCCCAUCUACAGCUACGACAACCGGCCGGGCCGCCUGCAGGCCGCUGAGGAGCGCCACCUGGUCAAGAGUCGCCUGCUGCAGGGCCGCGCCACCUUCCGGCCGGGCCACCUGCCAGCGCUGCACAUCAAGCCGGUGGGGAGCAGCGACCAGGCCAACUAUACCUGCAGGGUAGACUUCCGGAUAGCUACGUCGCGACGCACACACCUGAGUCUUCACGUGGUGGUGCCGCCGGAGCCGCCCGUCCUGAGGACAGGGGGUCAGCGGGCGACGGACGGGGUGCUUGGGCCGCUGCAGGAGGGCGGCGCCUGGGAGAUCACCUGCAGCGUGGCGGGCGGCGACCCUCCGCCCUUCGUCGUGUGGAGGCGGGACGGGGAGGACCUGGACGCCACGUCGGAGUCGCGGUCCCCGACACUCACGGUCAACCGGCUCAGCAUCCUGCGGCUGACGCGGGACUACCACAACGCCAGACUCACCUGCCUCGCCACCAACAACAACGUUACCAGCCCCACCAGUGCCUCCGUUACCGUCAAAAUGAACCUGCGGCCCCUGGUGACGAGGAUAGAGGCCCCGCCCAAGUGGCUUCGGGUGGGCCGCGAGUUCGAUAUCUCGUGCAUCGUGGCGGGCAGCAGACCACACCCCAACGUGACCUGGACGCUUGGCACGCUCACCAGCCUUAUACCCCUGCAAGCCGAGACGGAGCACGGGGUCAACGUGAGCACUUCCAGCAUCAGGGUGGUCGCCUCCCGUAGCCACCACGGCCAGCGCCUCACCUGCACCGCCGUCAACCCGCUCUUCCCCGGAGCCAAACUCUCCGACUCCACGCUCCUCAACGUCACCUACCCGCCCGUGGCAACGAUGGAGCUUGGUCGUGGCGUGUCCUCGAUCGUGAAGGAGGGUGAGGACGUCUACUUUAACUGUAACGUGGAUUCCAACCCGCCGACCUACAGAAUCUCGUGGUUCAGGAGGAGCCAGGCCAUCCUGCACCACCCCACGGAAGGCAUCCUGCUCAGCGGUAACAGCCUGGCUCUGCGCGGCAUCACCAGGCACCAGGCGGGGCCAUACACCUGCUCCGCCUCCAACGCCGAGGGGAACGCCCACAGUCCCCCGCUUACCCUCCACGUCAACUACGCUCCGGUUUGCGCGGCGGGCGGGGCGGCGCGGGUGCUGGCAGCAGGGCUGGGGCAGCAGGUGAACGUGACGUGCCAGGUGGAGGCGGCGCCGUCCGCGGUAAGGUACUCGUGGGUGUUCAACAACUCACUCACCUCACACCGGCUGCCCGGCGACCAGGUCUUCAUCACGACAGCCACCUCCACCUGCUGGGUGGACAUUUCCCUCACUGUAGGCACUGUUGCAGUAGACAUGUUCCACAGGCGUGACACUCUGCAGAUAAAGGUCCUCUUGUGCUAG